AUCUUCGGAAUUUUCUUGACUCCUUCCAGGAACUUUACUGGCAUGCUCCCAGUUCAUAUCUUGGAGACCAGGUUUCAUCGUAUGGUGGGUACUUGCGCUAUCAGUUGCACUCAGACACUCGGAGGGGCGACGUGUUCAUACCGGUGGAAUCCAGACCUGAUGUGAUUCUCAAGGGAAACCAAAUGAGCAUUAUGUUUCUUGAAGGCAACUAUCCUAUUCCUGGAGAGACUUAUGAAGGGCAACUCCAGCUGUUGGAGGGUAACUUCAGACACACUGAGACACACAACCCUGUUUCCAGGGAAGAGCUUAUGAUGGUUCUGGCCAACCUGGA